GCUUGACGUAUUUCUGGUUCCGGAUGAAGCUUAAUGGUGGUCGUGUUUCUCGUGUGGUCUUCUCUUAGCUGUCCAAAAUAUUUUUUUUAGUUAUAGUAAUAUUAACUGGAUAUUGUAUCUUGUUUUGUAAAUUAGCCUUUCGAUUUUCGUCAUAUGAUUGAAGCUUGAUUGCGCAUGUUUUACGCGACUUCUGGCGCACUAACCUUGUCCUGCACCUCGGUCAAAAUGAAUGUUAGGAGCCACUGAAAUGUCUGCAUUCAGUUUAAAGUCGUCAUCCGUCAAAGUCCUGACAGGAAUUUCACGUUGUAUUUUGUUUGGACGCAGCAAAUUUACCAGAGCAAGAAUUCCACAAGAGCUCUUUGAAGAGCGGUCGAAGGAACACGAGAAAUAUGGUGGCGACCCAAAUCAGCCUCACAAACUUCACGUAGUGACUCGUGUCAAAAGCGCAAUGAGACGGCCGUACUGGGAGAAAGACAUGGUGAAGAACCUGAGCCUCCAAAAGCCACAUGUGCCUGUGAUCCACAAGAAUACACCUGCAGUCAACAGCAAACUCAAAGUCAUCAAGCAUCUUGUCAGGAUUCAGCCACUGAGGACACCGUACGGGCUGCCCACCGAGCAAGACAUGGCUGACACCUACAUCAAUAGCAAAGGCGAACUGAUUGUUCGACGCCUGCUCACACCGCUCCAACCCAAAGCUAUCGAAUCUUAGCGCAUCCACCCAGGCCGUUCACAGUACCAUGUUUGAUCACCUUGGGCAAUCUUAAUGAUUAUUAUCUUGUAUUGCAGCAUCCAGUCAAACUACACGACAACGGUUACCCAGUUUGACUGGCAAAUUAAUUUCAGUCAUCAUUAAAUAAAAAAUAAUAAUUGUGAAA